ACUACAGUUUUUCCCGAAAUACCCCAAAAAUCCGCCAUUUUGGCGCCAAUAACAUUGAACAAACCAAUUGCGGUACUUUAUAUAUCUAGGGACUUUAGGCGUUCCGUGUUCUGUUAAUCUUAUUUAUACCAGAGAUUUAUACCUGUGAUUUAUACUAUAAUAUAUUUGCAUUUGUGUCGCCUGUCGCAUUUAGACUAUGGGUAAAUGGGCGAAAUAUGAAAAAAAACACAAGAAGGAAUGGGAACGUGAAGCCUUGUUUAAAGCUUGGCUCACAUCUAAUCCCAACCCCAAUUCAGAUGUUUCCAGCUAUUGCAAAGUGUGUGAAACUGGAUUGAGGUCCCACAAAUCUGAUCUAGAAAAGCAUGCAAAUACCUCUAAACACAAACAGCAAGCCUGUAAGGUGGAUAAACGUCAAUUACCCCUUCCAAGUUUUGGUAUAUCUGUAGCAAAUAAUUCCAUUAAAAAAAAAGAAAUAAUAUUGGCUUGUUACGUAGCUACUCACACAACUAUUCGAAGUGUCGACCACCUGACAGACAUCAUUAACAGCUUUAAUGAUAACGAACAGACAACAUCGUUUCGAUCUCAACCACCACGAGAGUUACAUCUUCACAGGACAAAAUGUUCAGCCAUAAUCAAGAAUGUGAUAGCUCCAUCCUUACUGAAUGAAUUAAUUGAAGACGUAGGUACUUCUCCAUUUUCUAUUAUUUUAGAUGAGUCGACGGAUGUGUCCACCAACAAAUUAUUAGCCAUAAUGAUAAAGUAUUAUUCUCAAAAAAGAAAUGAUGUUGUUACACAAUUUUUAUCAUUUAUUAGUGUAGUUGAAGCUACUGCUCAGGUUUUGUUUGAAAAAGUAUGUGAAUUUUUUGAAUCAAUUAAAUUGCCUCUAAAAAAUCUGAUAGGACUAGGUACAGAUGGGGGAUCUAAUUUAUGCGGAAAAAAUCAUUCUCUUUUUACCCUUUUAAAAACUAAAUUUGAGCUAAAUAAUUUAGUACUUGUAAAAUGUAUAUGUCAUAGCCUACAUCUCUGUGCUUCAAAGGCCUCGGAAAUAUUUGCUGAUGAAAUUGAUUUCUUACUUAAAGAAACUUAUAAUUGGUUUCAAAAUAGCACUCUAAGACAAAGUAAAUAUAAAGAAAUAUUUAGUUUAAUAAACAAUGAUAGCAAAUUUACUAAGAUGACAAAAUUAUCUGGUACACGUUGGUUGUCGAGAUACCGAGCAGUGGAGAAAAUUUUAGCCCAAUAUUUAGAACUAGAAACAUUUUUUACAAUAAACGCUAAUAAAGAAAGAUGUCACAGUGCACAAUUAUUGAGUAAUGCUUAUAAAAAUAAAACUAACAAGGUUUAUUUAACUUUUUUAUGUCCAAUAUUAAAGCAGAUAUACUAUCUUAAUUUAUAUUUUCAAAGUGCAAAUGUGGAUUUCUAUAAAGCAUUUGAGGACGUAAUUACAACAAUAUGGUCAUUAGCAGGACAAAUUAUUAAGCCACUGAUAAUUAUUCAUCUUGAUAAGAAUCUGGAGCUUUUAAGUAAUGCAAUGAAAUACGAUCAAAAUUUUUUAGACCUAGACUCUUGUGAUCUUGGUUAUUAUUUUGAGCAAGAAAUAGAUGCAGCCCAACUAAAUUCUGAAGAAAUAAUAGGUAUAAAGAAAAAAUGUUUUCAAUUUAUCAAAGAUCUUUUAACACAAUUAAUAAAUAGAAUGCCUAAUCAUUUAGAUGUAUUUUUACAAAUACGAAACUUUAGUCCAGGUCUGAUUUUAAACCAAAAACGAAAAAAAUUUGGAGAGCUACCUUUAAUGUAUGCAAAUCCAGGAACCUUGACUGACCUAGAGGCACAGUACCGAAAUAUACUAAAUAUUAACUGGGCGGAAAUAUUUAACGGAAACAUCCCAGACGACGCGGUAACUUUUUGGAAAAAAGUUGUGACGCAAAAAAACGCAGCAGGCGAAUUAAUGUUUAAAGAUCUUUCUUUAUUGGCGUUUACAUUUCUCAGUUUGCCGUCCUCCAAUGCUGUUGUGGAAAGAACAUUCUCAAUAAUGAAUCUGGUCAAAUGUAAAAUCAGAAAUCAAAUGAUGCUAAAUUUAUUAAAUUCGAUAAUGGUAAUUCGUUAUUAUUUUUAUGUUAGGCAAAUAUGUUGCAAAUCUUUUGAACCCACGACAGAUAUGUUUUCUAAAUUUAAUUCUCAGGUGAUGUAUAAUAAUAAUAAAACUACUCCCUUAAAACUAUCAGAAAAUGUUCAAGAUUCUACUGAUGAUGACGAUAUUGAUGAUGUAUUAACAUUUUGUGAACAGCUUUUGUAAAGCGGUACAUAUAAGUAUAGCUAAGCAAUAAAGAAUGAUUUAAGAUAA